UCCGAGCUCUCUCUCUCUGCUUUUUCAUCCUCUUGCAGCUGCUUACUAGCUUAGUCCCGUAGUCUCGCGGGAUCUCGGCCGGCCACGAGAUUUCGGCGGCCAUUUUGUAGUAGCCUAUCUCUUGUUUUCUAUCCAUCUGCCUAUUACCUUUUCCCUCUGGUUUUUCUUCUUGUUCCGAUUUUAGCCACGCCCCCUCCCUGCUUCUCAGUGUGGUUUCUUCCUGCUCUCUCCCUGCUCCUUCUCACUGCUGGGUGACUACCCACUGUGAGUUUUUCUCUCCUUCCCUCAGGUUAGGUGUGUUAUCCCCUGGUAUUUACUGCCCCUCACUAUAUUAUAGGCCUGAUAGUGAAUCAUUAACACUGCAAUGUUGUCUCAUCCCUCUGGCCAUACCCCUUCACAGAGCUUGGAAGCAGGCAGAGACUCCGUCUCCUCACCUAAUCCUGCACCUGGUGGCUCCGCUUUUUCUGCGGAUGCUUUCCAGCGUUCUGUCUCUGAGGCCAUCAUGGCCGCUAUGGGCUCCGUUACCACGUCCCUUACCAAAUCCAUCUCGGAUGCCCUCUAUGCUCGCCCUACUGUCUUCAGUGACACGGCGCAGCCAGAUUUACCUGUACCUCACGCCUCCAGAACAAACUUGAUUGGUGAGUCCAAUGCCACCCCUGAGAGCGCGACCUCGCGCAAGAGAGCCUCAUCCCGCCAGGCAGAACGGGCGAGGAAUUGGAAGUGCGCCAGAGCACAAACUGAGUUAGAGAUCGACUCUGAUGUCGACUCUGAGGAGGAGGUUAGAUGUGAGGAUAUGGAUUACCCUGAUGGAGAUCUGUCUGAUUAUGCCCCGGCCGAUCCUAUUGCGGCUCCCAUCCCGACGCCUCCUGGCGUUUCAUCUGCGGAUGUUUUUCAAGGACCAUCUGGUGUCUUAACCGACCCUCUAGGGGAUCCCCUUUUUGACCCUGACAGUCUCCACCACCCCAGAUCCGCCGAAUGGCUCCUGCUUGAUCACGUAGCCCAAUACCUGGAGGCACGUGUACGUUGCCCUCUGUCUAAGGAGGCGCGUAACAAGCUGAAGGCCGAGUGCCCUAGACCCAUUAUUGCAAACAAGGUCUGCGAGACCCCAUCUGUGGACCCCAAAAUGGUCCAGUUUUUAGCAAAAUCUGGGUGGAACCCUAGAAGGGGUUUGGAAUCGGCCCUUAAAGCGUGCCAGGACAAGCUCCUGGACGUCUUUGGUCCGUUGACAAAAAUUUUUGAGAUGGCGGAAAUCGCCAGAGAGGCUAAUACGCCCAUGGAUCCGGAAGAACUCCGGGGAUGGGCCCAGCGAGCCAUAUGUAUUGCGGGCAAUGCCAAUAGUUCCCUGUCGAUAGAACGGCGUAAAGCUAUUCUGUUCAAAAUUGACCCAAAGCUAGUCAAUCUUGCCCUCACUGAGGCCGCAGGUGAAGCACAGGGUCUUUUGUUUGGAGAGCCCUUCAUUAAGGACAUGGGCAGAUUCGUGGGUGCCUUUACUGCUCUGGACAAGGCACAGUCGUCCAUGAGGAGAGUGUUCCAGAGCCGUUUUUCCUCAAGGGCCGGCAGUUACAGGGGCCGUUCGGCCGGCCGCUCUUCAUUCCACGCCCGUAGUUCGGGUAGAGGCUCCUACUGUCAAAGACCUUUCUCUCAGCGACCCUCCUUCCAGGAUUCCAGGCAGUCGCAAAGUUUCUUCCCGUCCCGAGGUGCACCUAGCCGCAGGCCUUUCAGAGGAGGUUUCGGAUUCCGUCGUCCCCUUGGAUGAAUCCGCUGAUGGAUUAUUCCCGCUCGUUUCUGUUAUGUAGCUUCGGCCUGUUCCAGUUCUAAGGUUGCGGGAUCAGAGGUCUACCUUUUUUCCAGAGGUUCUGGAAGAAGACUGCUGUUGUCUCUUCUGAGAUGUUUCAAGUUCGUAUGGUUCCGGUUUCAUGCGGUUCAGUUUGGAGUAUACAGUGUCCGGUCCGGUUGGAGUGGCAUCCGCCAAGAAAGAGGAAGUGUUAGGGGCUUGUGGACAUUAUAUACAGGACUAAGGUGGGAGGGACGGUUGC